AAUACCAGCGCAGAAGACUUUUGCCACACGAAACAUUUAAUAGCUUGCAGAGCAUUUAACGAGUCGGAGAAAAUAACUGCCCUUAUCGGUCGAAGGUCAUACAUUCUGCGCGAUAACCUGCAGAAACGGAUGUUAAACUUUAUGAAUAAACAACAAGAAGUCCGGACCUUCGGAUUCAGCCAAUCAUCAGCGUCUCCGGAUUCCUUCGAUAGCCCUGUUGUAUUGGAGUCAUUGUCCCACAGUCCGGUAGGAAGUGACGUGAAUAGCCAUGAUUUACAUGGUGAGUAGAUUCACCUGUUUUUAAUAUACGACCAGAGUUUAGUAUAAAAGAUAGACAGCUGCCCAUUUCAACACAGAAACUGGCAAAUGACCACACUGUAAAGGACACCCAGGACGAAGAUCACGUUACAGGAUUGCAGCUUGUAGGAUUUCAAAUCCCGAUCUUGGAAAGAAGGCAAUCUCUCUGUGUAUAUAGUGCGUGAUUGACAGCUACGAGAGUUAACACUGCAUAUUAUAUUUGACCACUCAACCGUAAUACGUUGCCUAUUUGUUUUGACUGGGGCCCUUCUCAAAAAUACAAAAUGAGCACAGCAUCAGUAUCUGUUGGUAAAGGAAACCUCCGCAAGGUGGCGCUGUCAUAUUUCCAGGACGUGCUCUUAAACCUGUACAAUGUGAAGACAAAAAUGGAGUGCCGCACCAAACCGUUCAGAUCUGACCGGGAACUGCCCUCCACGACAUCCUUAGAACUUUCUAAAACAAAGUCUCAAGCCAUCGAACGGCUAAGGCUCAUCUUUCCUGCGGAUAGCACACAUUUUCAAAAUUUCGUGAACGUCUGUGAAAGUAUUACGAACGAGGGUAAUGUAUCUUCCCUAUUCACCGCGCUGGUGAAAGUGAGUUCCGAAUCAGGUGAGAUAAUCCGCGAGUUGGGAGCAGAUUCAGAACUGUUUGUGGGCACUCUACCUACGCCUUCAGAGGAAAGCUAUGUAAACGUGGAGACUAAAGAUGUUGCCAACAAAAUAGUCCUUUCGUGGGAUGAAAAUAUCCUUGCUAAAGACACGAUGACCGCUAUUUCUAGGCUAGCCAGUCGACUGAGAGAUGACAAAAGACAACCUACACCUGCCGAGUAUCUCCUAUUACAGAUUGGUUAUUUUAACAUUGGUCGGGGUAAAUUCAUGAACCACGAGGGGUUCCGCAGCCUGGGCACCCCGGGAUUCCGACCUCACACCCAGACCUACAUGUCCCUCACAGAUCCCGGAGACGGCCAUGUUCUGGGCACCACCAGGUUCGAGGAUUGGAUGAAAGGCGCCAUCGUCCACGUGGAGCAUCUAGAGAGACCCAACCACCUGCCCAGAGAGAACAUCGAGUCUUACAGAAUUCCCUCCCUUUACGACUUCACCAAGGUCAGGUUACACGUCGGUUCCACCGCCCCAACCACCUAUUUCGUCGGACGCAGGGUCAAAGAUUCCGGAUCCUUCGACGAAGACUUCCUGAAACUCGUCAACAUCACGGCUGCAUCAGCGUCUGCUGCUUUUAACCAAGGAGCUGCGGAGUGUAAAGUCGCCAUGGAAGGUUUGUCCACGUCACAGGCCGUAAGAUACAUGCAGGCCCUUCGGGGACAGGUCCAGAGAUCCCGGAAACAGUUCUUGUCUGCAGCAUGGAACCUCAAUCAAACAGUCCUUGACGAUUACAAACAGGAAGCGCCCAUCAACUUGGAGGAGAGAAUGGAUAUAGCAACGAGAGCCAUCGAGAUCACGUCGAUCGGAGGUUUUGACAAAGUGACCUGGGACGGCGCCAGCGACACCUAUCCCUCCAAGUGUAUCAUGUACCAGUUGAGCUUUGAGGAAGCCUUGACUCUGGUUCACGAGGCUCACCUCCGAGGGCUGGUCACCUAUUUCUCAGCAGGUUUCAAGUUUGGCGAGAUCAAACACGCCGUGUACGCCGGUGUCGACGGCAUUGGAAUUGGUGGCGCUCAGGUUCUGCGCUUCAUGGACAGCGAGACGGGCAUGCACGGGCCGUACACGGAAGAGAACAUCCCGCGGAUCUUGGCCAACCGAGACGAAGCGGCCAGUUCUGUUCGUGGACGUGGUGUUCACUUGUUGGCUCGUCUAGAUACCAUGUUCUUUGAAGGUUCCAUCACCUCAGAUCAGAACAUCCUCAGGUAUGAACUUUUCACUGCUCUUCUCACCAGAAACGAGCGGAGGAUAGAAGAGCUGAUUCAGCAACUUGUAGACAUCGUCAACCUUCCUGAAGAAGGAAACCUUCCUUGGUUGAACUGUGCCAAGAGAAUCCUAAACUCCCCGUCACCUUUGUUAAAGGAACGAGCUGAGAAAGUCGAGGCAUGGGAAUUGUUUGCGGAGUCCCUGAAGGCAAUUGUGGAAUCUGGAGACGAAGAGAGUGUUGGGGAAGAGUACGAGAACGAGCCAUGGAUGUCUUUCCGUAAAAACUACCGUGACUGGCAACUGAACAACCACAAGCUAGUUACAAGGCAAACGUCCUUCACCGUCCCGUUCAAAUGUUACAGCGGGUAACUUCUACUCACCAACAUUAGACAAUGAUCUGUAAAGAUACUCUUCAGAGAUUUUCCUCAUUUACUCAUUUUAUUUGUGAAAGCAGAGAGAGACAUUUUGAGUUGGUGGAAGUCCGUUUUAAUAUUUGUACCUUUACAUCAUUUUUACUUAUUUAAUUCAAUUCAGAUUUUUAAAUAUUUAAUUUUUUUAUUACCAUUAUGCCAUUAGUCUUUCAUUUGAAUCUGGUCAUGUGGCUAUAAUAUUUUCAGAUCUUAAGGUCUCAGGGUUGUACAGUGAAAUAACUUCACUCGAGUCGAAAUUCCAUUUGCUUUAUAGUUAAGUUACACUGUUCAUAAAUUUGUAAAUAUCCUUUAUGUGUAAUGUAACUAAUUUAUGACACGUGGUUAGUAUAUACAUACCACACAUUCCAAAUAUCAUUUCUAGAAUAAUCUUUUAUUGCAGGGUUAGCAAAGUGUAUAUAUUUCUUGCAGUUUUUGUAUUGUAUUUUCCCUCUUAUGUAAAUGUUUACGUUGAGUGAAACCUGUUAUUUUUAGUGAAUGAAAGCCAAAGACAUUUCGAAUGCAGUUUGGAAGGCACAUUAUAAGCAUAUUAAUACUAUUUAUAUUUACUCUCAACACGGCAACAAUAUUUAUGGAUGCUACAUCAUUUAUUUUCAUUUUGCAAUGAAUUCCAAAGACUGAAACGUGGCUAAAGUUAAUGUACUACAUGUAAUAAUACUGCAAUGUAUCCAUUGUGCGCACUCUAGUUUUGACUGUACAUGUGUGUAUACGUACAGUAUAUACGCGAAAGCCAUUUUUGUUUUGUGUUUUACACACGAAACCCUUCACCCUCGGGCUCCUCAUAUGAAACCAGAGUCGAGUCAAACUAAACAAUAAAACUAAACUGCAUAUCACAAUCAAUUUGAGUUACUUGAUCUUUUUUUUUUCAUUCUUUUUUUCUGCUCGUUGCUCUCGGAACAAUGUACCAGCUUCAUAGAGGUUGGACACUUUUAGAGCGCUAUCGGCGCCGACAAACGCCAUUGUCAGGAGAUGUGUUAUCUGUAAGAGUUCUGUAAAAUUAUUCUGUGUCGUUUGUCGUUAAUUAUUUUCUUCAUUCUGCUACAAAUUUAUUC